UGGCCGUUGCGGCGCUGUCCCAAUGGGCACGGUGAGCACUCCUAUUUACAAGAAAUCGUCUCGUAACGUGGAAUUGAAGGGGUUCCCUUCUCCGACAGUGAUGACCACAAUCUCUGUUUGAAGCGGGCGGAGGGGGGAGCAUGUGGUAACUUUAGUCUUUUUUAAAUCUCCUACAAGCGACCACUACUGUCCGCUUGGCACGCGUAAAAGAAGAGUGGUUCCCCAACUAGAUGGGUUGAGGGAGACGCGUGAAAGCGCUAUGCAGUCGCACCGAAUGCAGCUCUGAGGUGUGAUUUUUUUCCUUUUGAACCACUUUUAAAGGAAGACGCGUUCAUCGUGAAUUCACAGUUUCCUAUGGAUAUUUGAUUUCGCCUUAACGCCUCAGCCAAGCUUGCGAAGUUUACACCUUGCGCCCCCCACUCAACGUUAGGACCGCGUCUGAGUUCGGAUGUUUAUCAAGCAACCUUCUGAUAUGUCUGAGAAUAAAAAGCACAGACUUGCGUGUCAAGACACUAAAGUCUGACGGAUUAAACCCUCGGGAGUCCGGGCUGGUAUUAGCUGUGGUGCGGAGAGCUGCGAGCCGAGCGCUCUAAUGCGGUGGGGGUGUGCGCAAUCCCGCAGGCUAUACGUCUGUGCGUCCCGCUGAUGAUAACCUCAGCUGUUUUUAACUCUCCUCUUUUCAUCCAUAUAGUUCAGACUCGUCGGAUUUCCGCACGUCUACCUGCACUUUUAUGCACUCUCGCUGUGCGUUUACCGUCAUCCGGGAAUAGAUCCGUGCGAUCCCUUCCGACUGAAUAACGGAUCUAUUUUUGUGUCGAGACCGUUGAAUGGAUUUUCAGGUACACUUAGCUGAAACUGGGGAAUUGGAACCAUACGAUUUUCAAAACAUUGUUCGGGGCCACUUGGCUCGUGUGCCCAAGAAAUGCGUCUCUCUGGCGACAUUUAAAUCGCUUCGGUUAAUACUUUUCUGAGUCUGAUUUUUAUUUUAUUUUUUUGAGAUAUUAAGACAUUGGAGGAUAAGAUGAACCUGUGCAUCGUCAGUCUUCUCCUCACUCUGGAUUUAGCCACCGUGGCACUCAGUUUGUCCACAUGCAGCACGCUGGACAUGGAUCAGUUCAAAAAGAAGCGUAUCGAGGCCAUCCGAGGGCAGAUCCUGAGCAAGCUGAAGCUUAGCAGCCCACCUGAGGACUUCCCCGAUCCGGAGGAGGUGUCUCGGGACAUUGUCGCCAUUUACAACAGCACCCGCGACCUGCUGCAAGAGAAGGCGAACGAACGGGCGGCGACGUGUGAGCGGCAGCGGAGCGAGGAGGAGUAUUACGCCAAGGAAGUGCAUAAGAUCGACAUGCAGCCAUUCUACCCCUCAGAAAAUGUCAUCUCUCCUACACACUUCAACCCUUACUUCAGGCGGCUGACAUUUGAUGUGUCCUCCAUGGAGAAGAACGCCUCCAACCUGGUGAAGGCUGAACUCAGGAUCUUCCGUCUUCAAAACCACGGGGCGAGAGUGUCAGAGCAGCGCAUCGAACUUUACCAGAUUUUAGGACACAAAGACCUGACAUCUCCUACACAACGAUAUAUUGACAGCAAGGUGGUACGAACACAAACAGAGGGAGAGUGGCUGUCCUUUGACGUGACAGAGGCAGUGAGCGAAUGGCUGAACCACAGAGACAGAAACAGUGGAUUCAAGAUCAGCCUGCAUUGCCCCUGCUGCACGUUUGUACCAUCAAAUAACUACAUUAUUCCCAACAAGAGUGAGGAGCUGGAGGCACGGUUUGCAGGUAUCGAUGACAGCUUCAUUCACAGUGGUGACCUAAAGGUGUUUAAGAAGCGGCGACACAGCACUCGGGCUCCACACCUUCUCCUCAUGCUGCUGCCUUCAUACCGGCUGGAGUCCCAGUCCCAGUCCCAGCACCCGAACCAUCGGUCCAAGAGAGCCCUGGACGCUGCCUACUGCUCUAGAAACGUUCAGGACAAUUGCUGCUUACGGUCACUCUACAUUGAUUUUAAGAAGGAUUUGGGCUGGAGGUGGAUCCACGAGCCAAAGGGCUAUGAGGCCAACUUCUGUGCCGGGGCCUGUCCGUAUCUGUGGAGUGCCGACACCCAGCAUUCCAAGGUGUUAGGCCUGUAUAACACCAUCAACCCUGAAGCAUCAGCCUCACCCUGUUGCGUUUCCCAGGACUUGGAGCCCCUCACCAUCCUCUACUACAUUGGGAAGACCCCAAAAAUAGAGCAGCUCUCCAACAUGAAGGUUAAGUCCUGCAAGUGCAGCUAGAAGCCCUUACAAACCACCUCUCUCUCUCUCUCCCUGUCUCUCUCUCUCUCUCUCUCUCUCUCUAUCUCUCUCUCUCUCUCUCCUUCCUUCAGACAAACACACAUACGUAUCCACACAUACAGUGGAUUUGGACAAACAUGAAGUCAAACCGCAACUGUACUUUCUCUUCGAUGCACCAUUAUAUUCACAGCAGUCAGGAGUGGAGUGCUGGAGAAACGAGUUACAGACCAAUUCAGUGCUAGUUCAGUGCAUACUCAAUAUACAGGAGCAGUGCUGUCAUGACACCAAAAACAUGUCUUUGAUACCAAUGCUGAGUACCAGCAAUAUGGUGAUACAUACUUUUCAUGAGGCUUAGGGGCCGUACACGUGCCACAUCUUUAACCGCCUGGAAAAUGUGAGGUUGGGUCCUCGGUGUUACUCUUGUGCCUAUUCUGGCACACUGUCACGAGUGUGGAGGCAGGUUGCUAAACAAACAUUACAAGUAUCGUAUCAUAGCCUACUUAGCUAAAAUUCUGAGUGAGGAGCUGAUGUCCUUUCAGGCGCUGUUUAUUAAGUGUGUUGGCCUAAAAUAUUGUCCAUAGGUAGCCCUGCACUAAAUUGGUCAACUUCUCAAUAUGUACCACAGACCGAUCUUUGCGGAAGAAGGGAAAGAUGCAUGUCACGACACCGUUGCUGUGACGUUUGAAUGCAUCCACUGUGUGUCUACAUCAAAAACAAUGGAUCAGAGGGCACAAAAAAAUGCAGCAUACAUAGGCCCCCUAAAGAGUCUUCAGUCUGUUGUAGGGUUGUCCCAUAUAUCAUUGUUUAGGUACCAGAACUUAGGUAGUAAUUGAGAGCAAAGCUUUGGCCAGCCGUGGGGGCUGGGGUGCAUAUUAUUAUCACAAGUGCUCAUAAUAUUAGGUUCAGAAUCGGAGACAACCCCUGAAAAGCGGCAUGAAACAGAAGCACAAACACAGCAACAAAUUUCAGAUUUAGAACUUUAGGCAUGUGAUACUAAUAGUUAGCCCUGUCACUGUGUGUGUGUGCGAGUGGACUUGCUGUUAGGAGAAGUUUGCCUUCAGGACUUUCUGUCAGAAAGGGAUUUCCUCGUUAAGGUUAGGAAAUAGUAGCCUAGGUUAAAAUGAAUACAACUUUGGAACCCAUUGUCCUCCAGUCUGAAGAUGAAAAGCCUCUUGGGGCAAGGGCCUAUAUUUUGGGAUGAUCUGGUGUAGCUAGUAGAUAUCUGAGAUAUCAUUUUGUCUAAUCCUUAUAAACAGAUAUCUGCAAAUGAAUGCAAUAAAUUAAAAACAAAAAAGCUAAUAUAGAGCUAACUCACCAUCAGACGAUAGCUUAUUGGUUCUGAGACUGCAUUUUGGCCAAUGUGUUCCACCUCUCCAUUGGUCUGUUCACCUGUAGUUCAAACAUGAUCGGCCAAUACUGCUUGGAUUACAGACAGAAACAUCAAAAACUGUGAUGCAAGAAUCUUUUCCUGUUGUCUACAGAUCCUGCAUACAUCUGCAGAUACUGUUUGUAGUUAUUAAAAUGAAUAAAGCCCUAAUGGCAAAUUUCUCCUGUAUGCAGCGGACUCUCACGAUAAACGAAGAGAGAGCGGAGCAAUUAGUUGCUGAGUGACUCAAGAUGCUACAAUAACAAUUUUUUUUUUUUUUACAUAUUUUAGAUAAUUAAAAAAAAAGGAAU